AUGGAUUUGCCUUCGAAAGACAAGGCGGGGCAAUUGCGCCCUGGCGGGGAUGGCGGGCCAUUGGGCGCCCACUUGACCAAUUCCAUGGGCCCCUUGCACUUCAAGGUGAAGGAGCUGCUGGUGGAGGAGUCGAACGUGCAGCCCGUCAACCUCCCCGUGACGGUUUGUGGAGACAUCCAUGGCCAGUUCCACGACCUUCUGAAGCUCUUCGAAACUGGCGGGGAGGUGCCUUCCACGAGUUACAUAUUUAUGGGAGACUUUGUGGAUCGAGGCUACAACAGCUUGGAGGUGUUCACACUGCUGCUGCUGCUGAAGGCAAGGUGGCCAGCGCACAUGACGCUUCUGAGGGGCAACCACGAGAGCCGGCAGAUUACACAG